CUCAAGGACAGAAAUUGGUUGCAGGUGAAGCUGGACACAAACAGGCUGUCCCUCUGCAGUUCAGCCAUUGUGGAAGCUUUCAUUGGAGAGGAGCAGCGGAGCAGAGGGACAUGUCGUAGGAGCAAAGCGCACAGAAUAUCCCAUUUAAUCACAGGAGGCAGAGCCAGUGUAUGCCACCUUUUCCCGUGUCGCUCCGGAUGGAUCCCGGACCUGCUUCCCCUCCUUCCUCCAUGGUGGCGGGCCCUUCCUCGCUGUGGCGGCUGGCUGAGAGGAGGAGCAGGAAGGCUGGCUCGGCGAACAUUUUCAGCGACGUGAAUCUGUGGCAGCUCCAGAGACUAUUCAGGGCUGCAGGGGAUCAGGAUGCGGAGCAGAGGGCCCAGCUGGUUUGGGGCCACGGUGAUGAGGCUGAUCUGGCUCAGGCACUGAUAGGACUGAGGGCCCGAAGUCACCGGAGAGGGCUGAGGGCCAACGGGAGAGAGGUGCUGGGCUCACACUGGCUACGAGCCUUCAAUCACCUCAGGAUCGGGGAGAACUCGCCAAGCAGCCAGGUGAAGGAUCCCGUGGAGGAGAGUGAUUCUGAGGCAGGAGGACACACCAGUCCAGAGCCACGGCGACACACCUCCAUAGGGACGACAGGAAGAGCUACAGGGGCCACAGUGGUGCUAGCUGAGAGCCAGGGCCCUGCGGGGACUUCUGAGAGACCAGUGAGGACCAGCUCAGGACUGAGGAGAGGAGGAGGGAACAACCCAGAGAGAUACCUCCACAGAAUACUCCACUGACAAAAACCUCUGAGAUGCAAAACUGACCGUUCGUCUGUACGUGUUGAGAGUCGACCAGCACCUCAGUCUGCACAGCCUGCUCGUCUCUCCUGAAUACUCUUCUGAUGUGUUCACAGACUGGAGCUAAAAGGUUGAAUUGACUGGGGAAAGCUACAGUUACAAGUGAAACUGUAUUGCAGGUUGAAAGAAUGGAAUAGUUUCUCAUAACACCAUAAUGUCUGGCUGUUUUACUGGUAUUGAUCAGAUGGCAGUAUACUGACACUGCACUGUUGCAGACACAUCUCCACCUGACUAAUGAAGGCAGCAGACACGUGUGACUGGCUCCUGGGCUGCGGUCGAAAAGUCUUUUUUGCUUUGGAAGGUUCCUAACUGAGUGAAAUGACCAGAAAGUAUCUAAGUAGCAGCCAUGAUAAGAGCUGUUUGAAUCCUCUAAAUGCUAAAGAAAGGUGCUUCAAUGCUUCCUUUCUUAUCUCCUUUAGCAUAGGAUACACUUGACCAAAGAAAAGGAGAUAAUGCCACCACACAAUUCCUUGAGGCUGCAACUUUUAAAGCGAAGCACCAUUCGUCCGUUAAUGAAAACAAAUGAUAUGCCUGUCUUGCAUAUUAUUUUCAUACAGUCAGAUACUAAUUGGGAUUCAUGUUGAUAAAUAUGAGUAGGCGGUGACUAUCAUUUAGUUUCACUUUAUUUCUA